AUGUUUAAUGACACAAAAUACUCAGAUGCCAUGGUCGUUAUCCAGGGUAAAAAACUACCUGUUCACAAAUCUGUGAUCUGCACGCAAAGCGAAUACUUCGAGAAGGCAUUCCAGGACGCGUUCGUUGAGGGAAGUUCAGGAGUACUCACAUUCGAUAAUGGUAGUGGGGCCGCCCACUGGAGAGUGUUUGAAUACCUGUACACUGGUGAUUACUCAGACGAUCUAUCGCAUGACUUCGAGGAUGACCCUGCGCUGCUGAAAGAGGCUCGUGUAUACGCCCUCGCUAACAUGUUCUUCUUGGAGGACUUGAAAGCGUUUGCGACAGCAAAACUUCAACAAAAGUUAGAAGAGCUCUGGACAAGCGAAUCUUUUCCAGAAUGCAUUCGCGAAGUAUAUGCGACUACUCCGGAAAGCGAUCGUGCGAUGCGAUCCGCUGUAGUAGAGGUUGCCAAGGACCAUGUAAGAGAACUUGGCAAAAUGGUCUUGUUCAAGGAUCUCCUCCGCGAAGGUGGCGAUUUUGCUGUUGACUACUUUGAAAGUGUUGUUUUUCCAGCGCCUCCAGCGGUCCUCUCAACGCACCUCCGAGCAGGCGGUCUUUUUGGUGGUACGUGUAAAAACUCCUCUGUAUGGUAG